AUGGCGCCGAUUCCAAUCACAAUCAUUACCGGCUUUCUCGGCUCCGGCAAGACGACGCUGAUCCUGAACCUUCUUCCCCAACUUAAGGCCGCGAACCCGUCCUACAAGCUCGCCCUCCUGAAGAACGAGUUCGGUGACCUGGCUGUAGACUCUCAGCUCGCUUCUUCAAAUGCCAUAUCCGGUGUUCAGGAGCUCCUUAACGGCUGCAUCUGCUGCAAUCUCGUCGGUCAACUCAGCCAGGCUCUCGAGGAGCUGCACUCGACCGUCCGACCGGAUCGCAUCGUGAUCGAGACCUCUGGGUCCGCCUUUCCCGCCACUCUGGCCCUCGAGGUCAACCGUCUCGCACGCGACACGGGCAAUUACGUUCUCGAUGGCGUGAUUAGCGUCAUCGACACAGAGAACUGGAAGGGCUAUGAGGACACGAGCUACACCGCGCGCAUCCAAGCAAAGUAUACGGAUCUCAUCGUCUUCAACAAGUGGGAGCUCUGCUCCGAGGACCGGUUUGAUGAAGUAUUAGACCGCGUGGGUGAUCUCGAGGUUGAGAUUCCUUGGGUGAAGAGCCGCAAGGGCUGGGUUGGCGCGGAUCUCGUAUUUGGUGUUGAUGGUGGGCUGGCACAAGCCCUGACGGAGGAUACUGCUCACUCGCACGACCACGACCACGAACACAAUGGAGAGAAUCAUGCGCACGAUCACCAGACUGAAGUUGAGGUGUUGUCAGUGGAAUUGAAGGGUCCCAAGGGCGCGGCUGUCAACGCCGAGAAGUUGCAGAACCUGCUGCGCGCUGCGCCAAAGGAGGAGGUGUACCGCAUUAAGGCUGUCCUGACGGCAUCUUCGACGGUGAGGGGUUCGGAUGAAGACGGUGCGGCCCCCACCCCGCCACACCCGCAAGCGCGGUACAUCCUCAACUGGGCCUUUGGUCGAUGGACUUUCACUCCUAUCGCCGAGGGCGGGGCCGAACAUGCUUCGAGCGAGGGUGCGUUGUUGCGCAUGACGAUGAUAUUGGGACGGUAUGAAAGCACAAAGUGGAAGAAGAAGCUCGAGACGGGCUCCUUUUUGGAGGUCGAGGGCGGCGAAGGGGAGUUGAUUGUUACGAAGAUUUUAUGA